UUUUUUUUUUGUUAACACUUGCCUUUUAAAUUGCAUUUCACCUUAUCUUAACUUUUCACUUGAUUCUACCAAGUUAGAAGCACUGAUACAAUUUUUGUAGCUGUCUGCUCUUUCACUUAUUUCAUUCAAAACUUGUGUUUUCUUCAUUUUUUUUCCCCCCCUUUCCGUAUACGCUUUAUUGUAAAUUUAGUGCAAUAACAAGAAUUUCCGUUCCAGUGCAAAUUAUUGCAGAUACAUUCAAUUUUGAUGAUUGCUGAGUGCUACUGCUUCUAUAUAAAUGUGUGCACACGCGUUUGUCUCGCAAUGCAUGUUCACGAUGCAUAUUUAUGCUUUGGCAUAGAAAAUUCCAUUAGCAAGAGGAGCAUAUUGUCAAUGAAAUCUUGAGGAUCGAUGGCUUUUAAUUUAAUCAAAUUUCCAUCAGAAGCAAUUUUUAAGGAAUGAUAUCGAAAUCAUUGCUAAGUACUUUUAGACAAGUCUGUGUAGGUGCUUAGCAAUGAAAAUUUGAAAUUCUAAUUAGAAAAUCGAUCUUCCAACUCGAUAGAGAACACAAAUGUAAAAAGUCGAUGCUUAUAUUUGCUAGGCCUGUAUGUUUAGCUAAAAUGUUUAAGGUUGAACAGUCUUUCUAUCUCGCUGAGUAAUGAUAUAAAACACUUUUGAAUCGUAUUGACUCGAAAAAUUCUCUUAAGUGUCAUAGUUAACUAUUCCGCGACGGCUCCUGUCUAUAGACGACAAUCACUUUGUGCUUUGCAGCGGCUGACAUGGCACUGAUGCAAAUACUACUGAUUAACUAAUGUUGUGUAUCCCUCUAUAGCAGACAAAUGUUUCUCAGAGCCACUCCGUGCAAAAUUAAUUGGUGAGUUGGUCAAAUGGCAGAGCCAACAUUAAAAUAAUUCUCAGCAACUUUUAUACAUUGGCUUGACAUGAUAGAGGUGCCAAGCUUCGUCACUUAUUUAGUGAAGCCCAUGCCAGGAAACUUUUCUUAAUAAUGAUUUAAAAAUCCAGAAGCAUUCUAGUUUGCUUGGAAUCAUUAAAUCAUUUUCAUUGUCUUUACUAAGCAUAUGACAGCUUUAUCAAAAUUGUAAAAACCGCUGCUGAACCUUAUCGAUCAACAUUUAGUUGAGAGUGGAUGUUAUUCAGAAAUGCAAGCAACCUGAAGUCUUCGCCAAUAAAUUUCACUUUGUUCUACGAACAAGUUGACAAAAUUAACGUACUCUCGUAUUUUUACAAAAAACUUUUAAACGGUAUCUAAUCUUUUAUUCCCCUCGCAUCUAUUCGUGGGUAUAAAGUACCAGAGACUCUCUAACGUAAAUUUCAGUUAGAAAACUUUUAAACGGUAUCUAAUCUUUUACUUUUGUCAUAUGUCGUAGCAGAUAUUAAGUAGCAAGGUUGCCUCUUUCGAAAAUCGAUAUGACUAUAAUUAAUCAAUUUUAUCUAAAGUGCAUCUUAUUGAAAUCAUUGGAGUCGCCUAUAAAAACCAACGAUUACUGCGGAAAUCUUCAGUAAUUCGGUAUAAUGUACAAGUUCAUAGUUUUAUUGUCGCUAGUCAAUUGUCUUUUCGUCGGUAGUACACCGUCGUGGAAACCAGAACCACGAAUUGUCGGUGGAAGUGACAGUGAUAUCAAGUCAUUCCCUUAUCAAGUUUCUGUGCAAACCAAUGGCGUACAUCGGUGCGGUGGUGUUAUCUAUAAUCGAUAUAUUAUAAUAACAGCUGCCCACUGCCUUGUCGACGCCCCUGAUGAUGUAAGAAUUCGUGCUGGCUCUUCUGAAUGGCAUUCAGGGGGAGUGGUAAUUAAAGUUCGAAAUUAUGAAAUACAUAACGGCUACAGCUCACAAACGAUAGUUAAUGAUAUUGCUCUGCUUCGUUUAUCUUCUCCGUUGCGCUUCAGCACGAAGAUUCAGCCUAUUAAACUCGCUACCGCUGUUCCUGACGACAAUGCUGCUGCUAUUGUCUCUGGAUGGGGCAUCACUUCUGAGGGCGCCCUUGAUAUCCCUGAUCAAUUGAAAUCGGUUGAGGUUGCAAUUAUUAGUCGAAGUAACUGUGCUUCCUCUACGUAUAGUUACGGGUCUAGCAUCAAACCAUCAAUGAUUUGUGCUGCUGGCGCGGAGAAAAGUGCUUGUCAACGAGAUUCUGGUGGCCCGUUGGUAUCUGAUGGCCUUCUAGUUGGUAUAGUAUCGUGGUCGGAGGGUUGUGCUGAUCCUAAAUAUCCGGGUGUCUAUGUCGAUGUUGCCGAACUACACCUGUGGAUUAUACAGACGUCCCAUUUGUUGACCUCCCCUAAACCUCUAUAGGUUAAUACAUCUUAUCCGUAGCCUUCACACUAAUGCUACGAUUUUGUUUUUAAAUUUGUGAACAGAGUUGGUCGGAGAAGUGACACACAAGAUAUUAUUUACAUACGAUAUCAUGUCAAUUCAAUUCAAAAAAA